AUGGCACAAGGUGACAGAGGUGAGAGACGUUCUAAGUGUCGCAGCACAGUGCUCCGUGUCAGAGCAAUGACCAGUCUGAAACAGGGUUCUAUGUUGAAGUUCUGUAUUGCUGCAAGAGGACUGACUCGGAAAGAAGAUGCUGUUGACGAGCUCAGUGGAAUUUAUUCUGUUCUUGCUCUCUCAUUGCACUGUGUCAACUAUCCAAGGGAUUGUUUUGAGAUUUUUCAGCGCUCCAAAGGAAAUUCCAGAGAUGGUCUUUACAUCAUCCAACCAAAGGAGGACCCAAUUGUUGUCUCUUGUAACAUGCAGGAUGGUGGCUGGACAGUAAUCCAGCACAUUACAGCCAAUAGUACUGUUGACUUUGAUAGGACCUGGCAGGAUUACAAAUACGGAUUUGGCUCCGUUCAUGACAACCACUGGUUAGGAAAUGAAUAUAUGCAUCAGUUAACUAGCAGCUCCAUGCAAUAUAUACUUGGAGUUAAACUUGUAAACCUAAAUGCUGAAAUCAAAUGGGGACAGUACGAACCAUUCCUUAUUGAAGAUGAAGAGUCUCAAUACCGAAUCAGGGUUGGUCUAUACAAAGGCAAUGCCACUGAUGCUCUGACCCUGGACACAGAAGCCUAUCUCCAUGACAACCAGAAGUUCACCACCAAGGACAGAGACAAUGACAAUUACUUUCAGAAUUGUGCUAAAUUGGAACACAAUGGCAUUCCCGGGGGAGGCUGGUGGUACGACGCGUGUGCUGGAGCAAAUCUAAACCGAAGGAACAUGAUAUACUGGCAAAGGGACUGCAACAAGCAACGCAUAUGCAAGUUUGCAUGGAUGAUGAUCAAACCCAUUGACCGCAGCCUGUCAUAUCCAACCAAGUCCUGUCCAUGUCAGAAAGUUGAACUGUAG